AUGGCGAUCCAAACCCGUUUCGCCUCGGGCACUUCUUUAUCAGAUUUGAAACCCAAACCAAGUGCCACUUCCAUCUCGAUUCCCAUGCAAAACGUCAUGAACAAGCCUGUCACGGAACAGGACUCUCUUUACCAUAUAUGCGCGAACAUCCGGAAAAGACUGGAGGGGCUACCUCAGUUGAAGCCCUUUUUGCAGCUGGCGUACCAGUCGAGCGAGGUCUUGAGCGAAAGACAGUCUCUUUUGCUAUCGCAGAAACAGAACCAGGAACUGCUCAAGUCCAACGGCGCUAACAGAGACAGCAACGACAUAGCACCCACGUUGCGGUCCAGUUCUAUCUCCACAGCCACCAGUCUGAUGUCGAUGGAGGGUAUAUCGUACACGAGUUCGAAUCCUUCCACCACCGCGAAUAUGGAGGAUACGUUACUGACCUUUAGUAUGGGCAUCUUGCCCAUUACUAUGGACUGCGACCCUGUGACACAGUUAUCGCUGUUGUUUCAACAGGGCGCGCCGCUGUGUAUACUGUUUAACUCCGUCAAACCACAGUUCAAAUUGGCCGUAAUAGCUUCUGAUGAUUUAAAAGUCUGCAAAAAAUCCAUCUACGAUUUCAUAUUGGGCUGCAAGAAACACUUUGCAUUCAACGAUGAGGAACUUUUCACCAUAUCCGAUGUAUUUGCCAGCUCCACUUCCCAACUGCUCAAAGUUUUAGAUGUGGUGGAAACGCUCAUGAAUUCCAGCCCCAAUAUGUUCCCCCCCAAGGAAAAGAUACAGCAAAUUAUGAGCGCGGAAAACCAACACCGGCAGCAGUACCAACAGUCUUCUAAGAAGCAUAGCGAGUACGUUAAGAUCAUCAAGGAACUCGUCGCUACGGAAAGAAAGUACGUUCAUGAUCUAGAAAUUUUGGAUAAAUAUAGACAACAGCUGUUAGACAGCAGCAUAAUCACGUCUGAGGAGCUUUACAUGCUGUUCCCCAACCUAAGCGAUGCGAUAGAUUUCCAAAGAAGAUUCCUAAUAUCCAUAGAGAUAAACGCGCUAGCGGAACCUUCGAAGCAAAGGAUUGGAGCCCUUUUCAUGCAUUCCAAGCAUUUCUUCAAGUUAUAUGAACCAUGGUCCAUUGGCCAAAAUGCUGCCAUCGAAUUCCUUUCUUCUACUUUACAGAAAAUGAGAGUCGAUGAAUCGCAGACGUUUAUAAUCAACAAUAAACUGGAAUUGCAAUCUUUUCUCUACAAACCAGUGCAAAGGCUCUGUAGAUAUCCCCUCUUGAUCAAAGAACUGCUGGCCGAAUCUAGUGACGAUAGCAAUACGAAGGAACUUGAAGCUGCCUUGGAUAUCUCCAAGAAUAUUGCAAGAAGCAUCAACGAAAAUCAGAGAAGAACGGAGAACCACCAGGUGGUGAAGAAACUAUAUGGAAGAGUGGUAAACUGGAAAGGCUAUAGAAUCUCCAAGUUUGGUGAAUUAUUAUAUUUCGAUAAAGUUUUCAUCUCUACAACAAACAAUUCCACGGAACCUGAGAGGGAAUUCGAAGUUUACCUUUUUGAAAAAAUCAUCAUUCUUUUCUCAGAAGUAGUGACUAAGAAAUCCACUUCAUCACUAAUCCUCAAGAAAAAAUCUUCGGCUUCAGCAUCAAUGUCCAUCACAAAUACAAUAGACAACAAUAAUAGCCCUCACCAUAAUUAUCACAAGAGACAUAGCAACAGUAGUAGCAGUAAUAAUAUCCAUUUAUCUUCUUCGUCAGCAGCGGCAAUAAUACAUUCCAAUACCAACAGUGGUGAUGCCAAUUCCAGCAAUUCGUCAUCAUCUUCAUUAUUCAACCUAUCUGCUAACGAACCUAAACUGGACUUGAGAGGUAGAAUUAUGAUAAUGAAUCUAAAUCAAAUCAUACCGCAAAACAACAGGUCAUUAAAUAUAACAUGGGAGUCCAUAAAAGAGCAAGGCAAUUUCCUUUUGAAAUUCAAAAAUGAGGAAACGAGGGACAACUGGUCAUCGUGUUUGCAACAAUUGAUUCAUGAUUUGAAAAAUGAGCAGUUUAAAGCAAGACAUCAUUCGACAACAUCCACGUCGUCGUCUACGGCUAAGUCAUCUUCAAUGAUGUCGCCCACGGCAACUAUGAAUACGCCGAGUCAUCACAGUUAUCGCCAAACGCAUGAUAGCAUGGCUUCUUUCUCCAGUUCCCAUAUGAAAAGGGUUUCUGAUGUCUUACCUAAACGCAGAACUACUUCGUCAAGUUUCGAAAGUGAAAUCAAGUCCAUCUCGGAAAAUUUCAAAAAUUCUAUUCCAGAGUCUUCUAUACUCUUCAGGAUAUCAUAUAAUAGUAACACUACUAGUAGCGAAAUCUUUACGCUUUUGGUCGAAAAAGUCUGGAAUUUUGACAAUUUGAUAACGGCAAUCAAUUCUAAGAUUUCAAAUACCCAUAACAACACUGUUUUGCCAAUCACCAAGAUCAAAUACCAGGACGAAGAUGGAGAUUUUGUUAUACUCGGCAGCGACGAAGAUUGGAGCGUUGCUAAGGAGAUGUUAGCAGAAAACAAUGAGAAAUUUUUGAACAUACGUUUGUACUGA